AUGGUUAGGUCCCCGAUAUCCUCGCUCUUUUUGAAAAGCGCUAUUCUCCGAACUUUUAACUGCUUAGCCGCUUUGCCUACAGACAUGUUUGCUGUGGCACAAUUGGCGUCAACUAAUGAAAAGACGAGAAAUUUGGACAAAGUUGUCCAUUUGGUUGCCGAGGCUGCUGAGAAGGGAGCUAAAAUGGUCUUUUUACCCGAGUGUGCGGAUUUCAUUGCUACCUCGAGGGAGGAGGCACUGGCAUUGGCUGAGGACCUAGACGGCACCUUUUUCACAACUAUUAGUAAACUCGCCAAACAAUUAAAUAUCUGGGUCAGUAUCGGAAGCAUGCACAGAACAUCUAAUUCUCGAUCUAAGGACCAACGUCUGCUCAAUACGCAUGUCGUAUUGAAUGACAAGGGGGAGGUCGCUGGAAUUUACGACAAGACUCACCUUUUCUCAAUUGAUCUUAGUCUCGGCUCUUCGUCAAAUGAAAAUGAACGCAGGAGAGUGUCUUUUCAAGAAUCGCGGUACAUACAGCCGGGCCUAACCGCUCCUGUCGUGGUGUACGGAACCCCUGUCGGUGAUCUCGGCCUGGCAAUUUGCUACGAUCUUCGGUUCCCUGAGUUAGCGAGUGCGCUUCGUUACAGAGGUGGAGCAAAUGUUUUGGCUUAUCCAGCAGCUUUCACUUCUGCUACGGGCAACGCGGGCCAUUGGCAUACUCUGAUGCGCGCCAGAGCUAUCGAAAAUCAGUGCUACGUUAUUGCUGCUGCUCAAAGUGCUUUUCACAAUCCAAAACUCACGACCUACGGACACAGUAUGGUCGUCGAUCCGUCCGGCCAAAUAAUUGCGGAGAGAGUGGAAUCCGGCCCCGGCUUGCUUCUCGCUCAACUGUAUCAUCAUCCUCGGCCGUUGUGCGGUGUCGGUGAAGAUGGCAUCAAUUACACCGACCGCGUGAGGACGGUUUUGCCGGUUGAAAAUAGUCGUCGGCAUGACCUAUUUCCCCUACCAGAUGCGGGAAUGCCAAUUCCGAUCGGUACGGACGACUUUCAUUUCGGUCCAUUCGUUAUAAAAGCGGGACAGGUUUUCUAUCGAACGCCCGUUUCCAUGGCAUUUGUCAACAUUAGCCCUUUGGUCCCUGGUCGUAUCCUUUUUUUUCAAUUACGUCCAAACUGUACAGAUGUACUGGUCACACCUAUUGAAGUGAUUGAUAGAUUUACCUAUCUGCCCAUCGGAACAAUUGCUGAUAUGUAUGCCUGUGUGAAACGCAUUGCUAAGAAACUUUCCGAACAUUUCAAUGCACGGAGUCUCACUAUCUCCAUGCAGGAUGGAGAGGAUGCUGGUCAGAGUGUGCCGCACGUGCACGUCCACGUACUGCCGAGAAAGCCGGGAGAUUUCGCUAGAAACGAUGACAUAUAUGACGCUUUACAGCGUCACGAUAAGGUGGCCAAUCGAAAGUACCGCAGUUACGAGGAAAUGGCAGAGGAGGCGAAGCUUUUCCGAUCAUUCUUUUACGAUGAGGAGGGUCUUCCUUUGAAUGCGAAAGAAUGGUAG